CGCGAGUGAGUGGUGGUGGCGGUGGUGGCGGCGUCGCUUUCACGUCUCUGCUUCGGUGGUGGUGGUGGUGGACGUCGCAGCAACAACAACAACAACAACAAAAACUCCCCUCCUUGCCAUGUCCCACCCAUGGGCCGCUGGUGGCGGCCAGGCACGUGGUAAUGGGGAUGACGAGUCUGGUGAUGAAUUUGGCGGCUUCGAGACGGCGGACCCUCUGCCUGAUGGGGGGGUUCCGGUUCCUUCUGCGGCCAUUCCUUGGGCAGCCUUUCCCGUGGGCAUGCCUCCAAGCGCCACCCCAGACAUCCUGCUGGACCAGUCUUCCUCGCCGCCUUUGGGACCCCUUCCCGAUGCCGCGGCUUCAAGCAUCGGCUCUCAAGCAGGCUUGUCUGACCUGCACUCCUCCCUGCCAGCUUCUGUGAGCUCUUCUGGAGCGUCUGGCCCUGCCAGUCCACCCGCAACCUCCCCACCGGACGCCAUCAUCAACGCAGCGGCCGUGCCAGGGCAGCAGCAGCGGCGGCAAUCGGUGGAGGUGGACGCCGCCACUGCCGCCAAUGCCGCCAAUGCCGCCACUGCCGCCACUGCCGCCACUGCUGCUGCUUCCACGGAAGAGGUGACACCACCGCCGGUGUCGGUGGGGCAGUUCGAGGCUCUGCUCGCCAAACUCAGUCUGGCGGAGCAGGAGAAGCACCGAACACAACAGGUGUUGGAGGGCUUGCUGACGAGCAACGUGGGGCUGGAGCGACGUCUCGCUGAUGCCGAGGCGAAUGCGGCAGCCGACCAUCGUGUCCACUAUGCGGAGAUGCAGGAGAAGCACCAGAAGGAAUUGGAGGAGCUCAGGACGGCUGGGCACGAGGCACUUGCCAUCAUUGUGGAGGAGUACAAGGCCUUGAGCGUGUCAGCGGUGCAGGAGGCCAACGAGGCCGGCGAGAGGAACGUUCGCUCCGCGUUGGAGACCCAGGUCCAGGCGUGCCAGGAGCUCAUGUCCGCACAGCAUGAGAGGCUGCGGGCCCUACUGGAGGAGUGCCGCUUGGCGUGUGAGGAGCGAAUCGCAGAGGCUCUGCAAGAACAGACUGCACAACACAAGGCUGAGGUUGAGAAGUGCCUGGCAGAGGAGGGGCAGAAGAACGCGGAGGCAUUAAAAGCGGCGGUGGAGACCGAGCGGAGGGGGCUGCAGGCCGCCGUGGAUGAGGCCGUGGAGCGGGAGCGAGAGCGGAGCAAGGACGUCGAGGAGAGGCUCACGGCCAAGCUGCAUGACCUGUUUGCUCAGGAGAAGGGCGUCCUGCACAAGGCUAUGCAGGAGGCCGUGCAGGAGGAGAGGGACAGGGGCCAGGAAGCCCUGGAGAGGGGAUUGCAGGAGGAGCGUGAGAAGAGCACCCAGGCAAUGCGGGAGGCCGCAGAGAGGACGCGCGCAGACAUGCAGAGCUACCUCCAGGAGCAGAAACGGGCAGAACACGCGGGCCGACAGCGCAAUCUCGCCAGCCUGGAGCUCUUCCUGUCGUGCGCGCAACAGCAGCUGUCCACGCUCAUGCAGCCCCCGCCGCCUCCACUUGCGCCUCCCGCUUCCGCUGACGGUGCGAGCGUGAGCCCCGCGAUGGCGCCGGCGACCGAGAUGGUGGCGCGUGGCUCCGUCGCGGCGGAGGUUGACCCCGCGCCGCCGGCCGGGACCCACGAUGCAACGUGAGGGAGGAGUUGUCCACCCCCCCCGUCAGCACCUCUCUUUCCCCUGAGAGGAGGAGGAGGAGGAGGUAGCGGUUAGGGCAAAGCCGUGAUGCAUCACAGGAUCAUGAAAAUAAAUAAUUCCCAACAAUAGGAGCCUUACAAUCGAUGUGCAACUGGAAAACUUGACCGAACGGCAUCAAUCCAACUUUCAAUCUUCAUACUUUUAUUUCUUUAACGAUGCCUAUCUUAAAACUUAAGGCCCCUAUACGUAUAUAUUCAUCCAUUAAACAUCUUAAACCAUGUAUUUAAAAUAGUAAUUAGGUUCAUCUGCAACCAUACACUCUGUCAAAUGUAUUUACUUUUCAUCUGUGAACGCCAGGCUGAACAGGUUAACGUUUAAGUUAUUUUUUAAAACUUUGAAUGGUCAGGCAGUCCCAUUUUCUGACGAGGAAGGGAGCCGUGUAAGCAGAGGAACAUUGCCCUAGAUCUUGACUUAAAGCUUUCGUGACUGCAGGAAUUAAUAUUCGUUGGGUUUCGGUAAAGUCACGUGGCUUUACCGAAAGACCCAAAGAAAACGCCCUAAAUGUUUGUAGUCGCGCCCUGCGGAUGUUUCGCGAUCCCUCCUCAGUGGAUCGAAUCAGUCGGUAGGGGCAGUAGAGAGAAAGAUUAUAAUCAUUCUUCAAGAUAAUUAUCUUUCAGAUAGGGUCCCUGGCCGUGUAGGGCCUUAUAGGUCAUAAAACUCACCUUAGAAGGUGAUGCUCCAUCGGACUGGCAGCCAGUGCAGUGUGCGGAGCACAGGCCUUGUAUGAUCGGUCCUACACAUACCAAUCAUUAACUUGGCAACAACAUUCUACACCAGCUGCAGAUGAUGGACAUUAAUCCCCAUUAGCCCUCGGGUAAAGGGCGUUGCAGUAGUCAAUGCGAGUGAUCACAAAGGUGUGAAACUCGGUGGGUCGAUCAACAGUGAGGGAUGAUCCUCAGGUAGACGAAAGAGGUCUAGACAGCAGCUCGCGCCUGUGAUUUCAAGGUCAAGCCGCCGUCAAAAAUACCACCCGGAUUCCAUACUCAGCCUCGAGUAGUCAGCUGGACACCCCUGAGGCCUGUCCUGCCAACACACCCAUACUCUGACGAUCAGGGUCCACCACCAACUCAAUCUCAGCCAACUAUAACUCAUCCAGUCUUGGAUCUCAGAUGGGCAAUUGCUACAAACCGUAAGAACAACUCCCUGCUUGGGUGCAAAGGACACAUACGGCUGUGCAUCAACUGCAUAACAGUGAAUACUGAGCCCGUAAUGUCUUAAUAAUUUGCCCCAAUGAAAGCAUAUACACCACAAUCAAUGUGGGUGUCGGCGUGGGGCUCUGUGGCAUCCCACGGGAUAGGGGGAAAGGAUCGUAGGAAUACAUUGCGGAAGCUUCUCACUGUGUCUUAUCUUCGAGCAAAGAUCAACAUCAUCUGUUGACGUUACCAGCCAAUCUGCAGGAUGAGCUGCAUGCGCUUAAAUAGCACACCGGCAUUUGACGUGACCGUGUCAAAUGCUGCGGAGAGAUCCAGGAGGACCACGAUGGAAUGAGUCUUCUGAUCUCUCGAUAUUUGGAGGUCAUUAAGCACCCGAAUAAGGGCCAUUUCGGUGCCAUGCCUCUUCCUCAAUCGUAACUGGAAAGGAUCCUUGAUGGAAUCGAGGGCCUCUGUUACUGUUCUGUUAAAGGGCAAGCACGAGUUUCCCGGGAUCCAAACCUUCAUUUGCUAAGCCCGAUAGGUCCAGCACUGCCAUUAGGCCACCAGGGAUCAAACCCCUCAUGGGGCGGUACAGGCCCUUUUUGGGAGAGCCCAAAAACGGAACCUCAUGGUGUGAUGGUCUGACCAACCGACUUGUUCCACCACUAAGAUUUUUUUAAAGAUCUGUUUUUAGUUGGGACUUAAAGAUAUCAACACUGUAUGGGAACCUGAUCUCCACCAGUAGGGAGUUCCACAACCGUAGGGGCCACCACAGUAAACACCCAAUCACGCCAUGAAUGCAACCGAGAUUGAGGUAUAAUGUAAAAUAGAGAAAUAAAAAGAUGUACUGUCGUACUGCACAUCUUAAGUUCUCCAAUCCAGGUUCUUCUCACAGACGUCUUGUUCUCCUGCUCAAACGCUGGGAAUAAAUGUCCAGUAGAUCACAGAGUCCAAUCAGUGCUGGGGAGAAGACCACCAAUUUAAUAGCGGGCCAACACCUCCAGUCUGAAUGAGCCCGCUGGCUGACUCCCAGAAGCAGCUGUGUGCAGUGCAGCACUGGGCGGGAAAGAGAAGCAGAUCAGUAGCACGGGCAUAACCAGCACGUCGAUUGUACAGCAGGCUUCACUCAGGAGCACAGGCAGCAGAUGAAAUAUACAGCAGGCUUUAAUCAUGAGGCUCCUCUCACAAGCACGGCCACGAGAUGGUUUGUGCGAGGCUCGUGGGCUUGAUGAGCACGUCGAGGAUGUCAUGGAAGGGCCGGCUCUUGAGGCGCACGUCGUGGUGCAUGGGGUGGCGCGUCCGCGUGGGGAGCGUCUGCAUCGGCCGCUGCGCCGGGCAGCCUCGUAGCCGCAGAGUAGCGCAGCAGCAGCGCAGCAGCUACUGCUGCUGGACCGCCCGCACCAUCUUGCGGCCCGGAGCGAGCAGGGGCAAGCGGCGAGACGGGGCUACCCACGUCGUAGGGCGUGUGCGUCUUAGACGAGGUCACGGCCGUGGUGGAAGGUGUCACGGGAAGCAGCUCCGUGUUUGUGGUCGCUGUGCCUGAACGCACCUUGCGGUGCCGUGGCAGCCGUUGGCAUUAACUCGGUGCCACAUGCUUCCAUGGUUGUAUUUCGCCAAGAUCAUUAUCUCCAGUCCUCAUUAUUUUGCAGACAAGACCCUGAUUUUGAGGAAAUGUGGCCUCCACGUGGUGUCCGUAGUGAGGAUGAGAUGGAAAUCAUCAACUGUUUCGGUGCAUAAACAGCAGCCUUGCCAGCCUUAAUAGGUGCUCACUGGCAUGGGUGUCAGUGUAUUAUUUGAUUAAUUGCAUCGAAAAAUGAAUGUGGGAAAAUGUGUACAAAAAACUGUUGAAUGUCAGGAUUUUUUAAAAAUACAAUAUCGUUUUUUUCACUUGUGAGAGAGGUGGGUGAUGGGAUUGAAGUGAGUGUAAUAGUUGGGACAUUGACUUGUUAACCUGUUUUUAAAUGUGGGUUAUGUGGAAUAUUAGUUUAAUCAUUUCACUUUAAGUUACUUCCCCAUGUAUCAGUUCCAGAUUUGUUGUUCGUACAGUUUAAUUAAUGAAUACAUGAAUUGAUGAAUACAUUCAAUUCACUCUCUAUGAUGGUAACAUUUCUUUCCUUGGGCGACUUUGAGCAACUGCAUGGGUGACCUGUUGUUGCUGCAGUGCCAAUUUGCGGUUAACCUGCACCAAGAUACCUGAAGCAUUUAUUAGAAAUGGAAGCAGAUGCUGGAGUACAAGUGGCGCGUUUAUUUAACUAUCCUUUCCAAGAAGACUGUCAGUUGUGUAAAUCAUACCAACGCUACAAUCUUGGUAAUUUCUCAAAGAGUAACUCUUAACACAUUUUGCACACCGCUAAAUUGUACCAAUGCGCCACUAAAUUGAUGAUUGCAUGGGUAUUAUUUUAACAAAAAUAAUUAAAUAUAGUAAUUUACACGCUACAGAGUAUAGCAUUCUGAUUAACAAACUGCUGCUUGAGGUUAUGAAGUUAGUGAUUUAAUGUUAUGACCAAAUCCCCUGAAUGCACUCCAUCUCAGCAGAUGUCAUAAGCUAAGCAGGUUUGAACUGGAUAAUGUAAAUUCACAUCCGGUUGUUAAAACAUUUGGCUGGGCAACGUGGUAAUCAACAAAUGGCAGUGCAGUAAAAUCCAUCAUUCUGUAUACUUCUGUGCUCCCAUUCUCUAUGUUGUCCACACUGACCAGUGUUGAGGUAUGGUCAAACAACAAACAACAACCGCCAUUUGCCACUAAGUGGCGGUGACGUCACCACGACGCUUGUGCCAGGCCAUGUGCACCUUGAGGCCACGUGGUCAAACAACUCCCCCAAUGACCAACAUGGUGUGGGCAAGCCUUCUAACUAAAGGCUAUAGUGUACAUGGACAAGUUUUUUUUUUUCCUGUGUGGGCCCUCAACCCAAGCCUUGUGUGGAAGCGGAAGGAUUUAAUUUGACUUGUAAUGUGAAACUGAAGAGCAGCAUUUCGACGUACGCAUUAAUUACAUUGUUACGGAGCUUGUGUCUUUACCACAAAAGCGUGAGCAGCAAUAAUGGAAAAGCUCAGCCGCAAGCCACUGCAUAUCACACGUUAGUCAAUGUCAUUUCCACACUUGGCUUCACGUGCAAAAACAUUUCAAUAGAGCUCACGCUUACAAUAUUACUUGGAAUGAAAAUACAUUUUCUAAAAUAUAUAUAUGUUCAAUACAAGUUAUUGGGUGUGUGUGCUGUGGUGUAGGUGUCACUUGGUCUCGGUUUGUUUUCUUUCAGGUGGAAAUUCUUGUGGAGGUUAACUUAUUUUACAAAGCUUUUCUGUUAAAAUAUGAACUCAUAAAAAAUGUUUAGUCAAUGUGAAGCUCUUGUUCCUUCAUUUUACUUUAAUUGAGUUUAAUCAAUGCCUUGAACGGUUUAAUAAAAUGUCAAAUAUUUUC